AUGAAGGAAAAACCUUCGAUUGUCUCUUGGGAACCUUUCAAAUUAAGUCCCAAACUACUUCCAAUGGUAAUUCUAGUAUUAGCGCUAGCAGCACCGCUGCAGGCAAUUGAAAGAUUAUCAAUUCCACAGUACCCAAUGAUAUGUCAAACUGAAAAACAGUCUACGUUAUGGUCUCUUCCUGACAUGACAGACUGUCCAAUACCCUCUCCAAAUAUUUCUCAUGUACCAAUUUCACAAACUAGAAAUGUCUAUAUGCUAAAUGAUCUUGAGUACACAACUCAAGGAUGGGCUUGUAGAAAAAUAAGAAAAACUCUUAGAAAAUUUACAACCCUUUCUAAUGUACCAAUCAAUGAACCUGUAGGCUCUGAAAUUCUCCCAGUAGAUGAACAAGAAUGUAAGAGAAUGAUUAAAAAUAAAGAAUGUAGUUUAGGUAAAUUAAUUGAAGAAAAUGAUCUUUGGACCACUGCAAAUAAAAUAGACGCGAGUCCGAAAAUGUAG